ACAUUAAAAAUUUGCGCACUCUCUCUCUCUCUCUCUAACCUCCUUUGUCUUCAUUUUAUCUCUAUCUAUCUCUCUCUAACUUUCUCUCUCUCUGUAAAAAUAAAAACAUUUCCUCCGAAUUUUUUCAGACCUAAAAAAAAAAAAAAGAAAAGAAGAAACUCGAACGAGCACUCCUCCAUUUCUUUCCAAGUCCAAUCCGCGGGGGGCUCCCGCCGAAUCGCUUCGAGAAAAUCAUAGAGAUGAAAUCGCCAGCUCCUCCUCGAUCUAAGGAAGAUUGCUUCUCGCUGAGCCGUGGACGGAUUUUUCUGGGUCGAUUAAUCAGCGGUGGUUUUUUGAUCUGAUUUCUAUUUAUUUUUCAUUCGAUUCAGAUUAAGGUUAUUUAUUUUGAAAUGGAUAAGAGUAUUGUGGCUGUGGAAGAAAGUCUGUGGAGAAAUGAUUCUCCUGUUUCUGCCUCAAAGUCUUUAGGAUCACUCGUUCAGAUUAACUCUAUAGCUAUAGACCUCAGUUGUGCCAUGGAAGAGAUUGAGUCACCGUUGCACGAGCAUUUUUCAAUACGUGGCUUUGUUGCUGGAAUGCGGAAAAAAGACUCGAAGACGUGUUUGCCCUUUUCUUCACAAGGUGUAAAUGAUGAUUUGGUCGAUAAUCUACCUCCACUAUCUGUUCCCAAAUUCAGAUGGUGGCAGUGUUCAACCUGUGUCCCAGACUUUGCUGCUGAGAGCACUGGACUAGAAAUUGUGCUUGCAGACAGGAGUGAUGCUGGCACAAGUUCUUGUCAGCAUUUUGAUCGAGAAAAGGAAGUUUUGUUCUCACAUAGCAGAAGAAGUAUAGGUGAUGGGCAUGUUUUAAGGGAGUCUAUAGAUGGGGAAGACAACGAUCCAAGUAACAAUAUGAAAAAUGGCGAUCCACAGUGCGAGGAUCAUAAAGCUACCACAAGCAGCAAAGAUAAAACAGAUGUCAGGAAUGACCAAUGUGAGACUUCAUAUGCUCAUAUAACAAAAGCUAAUCCAGUCCAGGUUGUAGAGAGAAACGAUUACAAUGCAGAUGUGUCUGAUGUAAGGAUAGCUGAGAAUGCUUCCGUUGGAUUCGAUGAGCCAGAUGAUAUAUCAUUCGCAAGUGAUGCUGCUGGUUGUGCAUUAUCACGUAGGAGAAAACGGAAGUUGCGUUCUCUGGCGGAUAUAAUGGAGGAAGAGAAUAACUCAAUGAGUGAACAUAUUAAAAUGAGGUCUGCUUUUUCCAGUGGGUUGCAGGUCACGUCUACUGAGAAGGAAGAUGAUUCACGACAUCAUUCUGAGUUGGAGACGUCUGCAGAUGUGGCAACAGUCAGUAGAAGUCCUCAUAGGAAAAGAAAGAUUGCUGCUGAAGAAGACAGAGGACCUCCUCAGGCAUCUAAUCCACUCGGUACAGCUAAAAGAUUUAAAGGUCCAAUUCCAGAUUCAGAUAAAAGGCGUGGAACUCUCGAACUAUCUGAUUCAGAAUCGAGAGGAGAUGGCUCUGCACAGUCUGAUUUGCAACUUAGUGCAAAGACUCAACAGAACAAGCCCAAAAGGUAUACAGGAGGAAUCAGAAGACACAGGAGGAGGCACAUCAACGGAAGUGCCUUGAACAGAAGAAAGUUGCGAAUGAUGAGAGAUUCUGGGUUCCUGGAAAAUUUAAUGCCAACGGAACUAAACCCAAAAGAUAUAAAGGAUGAAUCAGAAGAUAAGCCCAAAAGAUAUAGAGGAGGAAUCAGAAGAAGGAGGAGGCAGAUGUAUAAUGCCAACGGAACUUCCCCGAUAAGAGACUUGCCAAUGAUGACAGAUUCUGGGUUCCUGGAAAAUUUACGGAGACUGAAACAUUCUGCUCCAGUCGAGACUAGUUGUGGUAAUAUGGAGAAUGUCCCUCCUGCGAUGAGAGGAGAAAUGGAACCAUAUUUAAAUGGUUUAAUAUCUGAAAAACAUGUGGAUAGAACCUCUGAUAAGUUCAAAAGUAAGAGGCCUGAAGUCGAAGUUGAUCUUAGACCUCUUGUGCCUCCAAGAAAGAGCUUUAUGGGAGACUGCAGCGAUCAAGGGAAAGUUGCGUUGGAGCUUUCACUGAACAGCUAUACAGAUGCUGAAAGAAACUCGAACAACCAAAUAUCUGGCAGUCAGCAUAGGGCCAUUCCGGAUCUGAAUGAGUCAUUUACGGAGAAAUCAUCUUCAACUCAAUGGAAGCAGUUGUUAACUUCUGAGAAUCGGUGUUCAACUGCACACAAAAAUUUGGAUAUGGCCACCUCUUCUAGUAAACAGAUGGCUGGAGACGGAAAAAGACAAUUCGGAGUGUCUGAGCCACAAGCUAUCCAAAAGAUACAUAGUAAUGCAGAAUCUGGCGGAACUUCAGAUGAUAUACCGAUGGAUAUAGUCGAGCUUUUGGCCAAGAAUCAACGUGAAAGGACACUUGAAAAUUCGAAGAACCAUCUCCUUGCUUCUACCACCAACAGUUCUGUUAGAGGGUCUCCCCCUGUCUACGCUGAUGGACGUCCUGGCGUCCUCAAUUUUCCUCUAGCCAAUGCAAGAAGUGGUAUUAGUGUUACAAGUGGUGAGACGGGACCCCGCCAAGGAAUCUUGAGUUUCCCGCAGGCGAAAAAUUGUCAGUUGGAAAUAGGCAGUAUGGAGGAGAACCAAUUCAGGCUUUUCAGCUCAUUUAAACCUUGCCAACCUAAGAAAUCACAGUAUUCAGCCUCAAAUUCUCUCUAUUCGGGGCCUAGACCUAGUGAAGGGGCUGAUCUAUUAUGGCCUCCAAGGAGGAAGAAUGCGCCUUUUCAUCUAGAUAUUCAACAGAACUGUUCUUUUCAGCAUAAUGGCAUGGAUAUGCAAUCGUUCCCCGGCCAAAGCUACAAGGGGAAGACUGUUAGUGAUAUGAAGAGCGAGGCAAGAAGAGCUCCACGUGAUGGUUCUGCAGUCAAAGAGAGUAGAAUUGGGUCGAGCACCAAGUCUGUAGGAUCUAUGGAUGCUUAUUCGAAUGAUACCAUUCCAGCUAUGCAGUUACUGUCCUUGAUGGAUCGUGGAAUCGUAUCAAGAGGGUCGAAUAGUUUUCUUGAUAAACCUUUCUCUCCUUGCAACCACCACCCUCGGCUUAACGUAAAUGAAAAGCAGAGCGACCCGUUCAUCACCGGAUCAUUCUUCUCACAAGGUAGCCGCAAUAAUAAGGACUUCCCUGCAUUACUCAACGGUGUCCGUUUUCCUGGUGAAACCUCGAAGAGAAAACCCUAUGCACAAGGACACAUGCCUCCACCACGAGGAAACAUUAAAGCCUUCGAAACAAACAGCUUGGAUAAUCCUUACCGAUCAUCUAGAGGCAAUGUGGAUACGGAAGUUUGCACUCUCAACCAGAACCCUCCACCACGAGGAAACAUUAAAGCCUUCGAAACGAACAGCUCGGAUAAUCUUGUAAUCCAAUCAUCUAGAGGCAAUGUGGAAACGGAACUUUGCACCCUCAACCGGAACCCUGCUGAUUUCAGCAUUCCUGAUGCAAAGAAUGAGUAUACUAUAACAGCUAGAGAUUUGAAAUUAAGAAAAAGGAUUUCUUUGAAGGAAAGAUCCCGGGGGGGUCUGAAUUUGGAGGGGCUGAAGAGAGGUAGGGCGAGAAAAGAUGCCCCUGGGAGAGAGUAUCCAAGAAAAUAGCCAAGGCAAUCCUCUUUCAACCUUAUGCAUUGUUCUUGCGCAAGAACUUCACCCCGUCCGCUCCUCCCCGAGUUUGUGCUUUUCUUUCAAUGGGAUUUCUAUAGUUUUUUCUAUUUAGCUGAUAUGUCUUUUCAGGAUUUCAGAACAUGUUACACAGAUUCAGGCCAUAUUCCGAAACUUGCAUAUCCUCAUGCAUUAAUCAGCUGGAAAUAACAUCAAAGUUGCGCUUUUGCAGUUC